UCGUUCAGGAGCAUGCGCACGCGAAGGAGGCUAAGUAUGCUACUGCUAGCGGCUUUGCUUGCGGCAGUCAGCGUCGCAGAAGGGCCUUACCAGCCGCCUCAUCCAGUCCCAGCCUGGCCGGACCAGUUCACCAUAGAGCUGGAGAUACUCAUAGAGAAGUAUGGCCCCAACUGGAACUCCUCUGGAGCCCUUUACUAUGACUGGAAGACGAAGACAUUUAGAUCUGACUACAUUGGCUGGUGUCUUCCUCUCUUUGGAUCCGAAAAACCCUCAUUGACAUCAGACAACUAUUCCUGCAGUUUCGUAGCAACUGGAGGCAACAUGUUCUUCGUCAAUCACACUGCCAGCACUUGGGAAGACAAUGAAUGCUGUCUGUUUGCAGAGGGAUUGGGGUGUGUAGCUCCUGACUGGAUGAGCAACUGUCAAUAUAAUGGUACAGCUAUUUUGCAGGGGGUGGAGUGUGAUGUAUGGUGGUUCCCAGGGACCAGUGAUCCAGACAAGCCGUGCUAUGGUUACUGGGACUCCAAUGACACUGCCCACACUCCUGUCAGGUUCUUUGGUCUCUCUUCUCUUGGUCCUACCAUACUCAACUAUUCUCAGUUCAAGGUGGGACCUGCACCACCCAAUGUGUCUCUAGCUCUGCCCAACAGAAACAGUUGCUUCAAAGAGUGCCAACCGUCACUGCUGAGCCAUACCUCUGGGGAAAACCCUCCGCUGUCUCCACAUUUCCCCUGGCCUUCGUGCUCUUGAUAAAUUUUGAGAUACUAAAAACAUGAUUGAGAACACAUUACACUACAAAUGAGUACAAAAAUGUUGUGUCUGUACUUGAAACUUGUAUGACCUACUUAUAGCCUCAUGCGUUUUAAAUGAUGUGUGUGUGUUAGCUAAUCGUUUGCUA